GAUUUGGGGUUAUAUAAACACACAGCAGCCCACGAGAAUGUGCAAGCCGAACUUGGAAUUGCGCACAACAGCGAUCCAAAGAGGGGAAACAAAUUUCUCCUCUUUUUUCUAUUUUCUGCAAUUAUUCUCAUCUUUUGUUCAAYUACGCUCCCAUUCCCCCCCUUCUGAUUUCUCCCCGUUUCCUCAGUUCCCUUUCUGUCAUCCUCUGUCUUUCAAACGAUUAAGAUUUUGGGUUUUUUCUGUUUCUUCUUUGGAUUUAAUCUUACAUUUUGUGGCAUAGACCCGGAAGACUGGUUCUUGGAAGUCGGUGAUUCAGAAUAGAGAUCAAGAUUUCUCUUUUUCCUUGGUAAAUAUUUUCAGUUUUCUUCCCUUUUUUUUUUUGGAUCGACUUCGAGGGUGUUUUUUCAGUCCCUCUGGUUGGUUACUGAAGUUUCUUAUUCGUGGAAAGAAACUUGUUUUCUCAGUACAAUUUUCUUGUUUUGCGAUCUUUUUAUUGGUUUUGGUAUAAAUCUUACGUUUGUUGACGAGACAUGGCAGCAGCUAUAGAUGUUUACAGUGGAAUUUCGACGCCGGGUUACUCUUCCGAUCCGUUUAGUGAAGAAUUAAUGAAAGCGCUUCAACCUUUUAUGAAAAGUGUUAUCUCAACCUCUUCUUCUUCUUCUUCUUCUUCUGCUUAUUCUCCAGCUUCUUCUCAGCCUGAAUUGAGCCCUGAUUUUUGCUCCCCGUCGAGCACCCGCUUGUUUUCUCAAGGGUUCUCGAGUAUUGAACAAAUGGGUCUUGAGCAAUCAGGUCCAAUCGGGCUAAACAAUCUCACUYCUUCUCAGAUUCUCCAAAUUCAAGCUCAAAUCCAAAUACCCCCACAAAGCAUGCCUUCCUUCUCUGCCGCUCAGAUUUCUUCCCAAUACCAUAACUUCCUUGCCCCAAAAUCCAUCCCCAUGAAGCACGUGGGCUCUCCGCCCAAGCCCACCAAGCUCUACAGAGGAGUCCGGCAGCGCCACUGGGGAAAAUGGGUGGCCGAAAUCAGACUCCCCAAGAACCGCACCAGACUCUGGCUCGGCACUUUCGACACGGCGGAGGAGGCAGCUUUAGCCUAUGAUAAAGCUGCUUACAAGCUCCGUGGAGAUUUUGCCAGGCUCAAUUUCCCACAUCUCAAGCACCAAUUCGGAGACUUCAAACCCCUUCACCCUUCUGUAGACGCCAAGCUUCAAGCAAUUUGUCAGAGCUUGAAACAGGGGAAAACAGAGCAGCUCUGUUCCGUGGCCGAUGAAAAACUGACGACUCCACCUGAAUUGGAAUUGAAAACCGAAGUGGAGACUUCUCCAUCCUCUUCAUCCUCAUCGUCGUCUCCUUCACGGUCUGAAGAUUACUCCACGGGAUCAUCCCCUGAGUCGAGUAUUAGCUUCUUGGAUUUCUCAGAUUAUCAGUGGGGUGAAGGAGAAGCCUUUGGAUUGGAAAAGUAUCCUUCGGUUGAAAUAGAUUGGGCAGCUCUGAGUCAGCUGGCUGAAUCGGAGUGUUAAUUAGUAUGUAAUUUGUGUUUUGAAUUGUGUCCAGUUGUUGCAAGAUUCUGCAAUGGAAUUUUAGGCAUUUGCAGAGGUCUUGUGUAGUGAAAGAGUCUUUAAGGGAUUAUGCAGUUUUGUUGUCUGUAAUGGGUGUCUUCCAUCGUGGUCUGCAGGUUCUUUUUUCUUCCUUUGCAUGGCCAUUUUGGUUAUGGGUCUUUUUUUCCUUCUUUUACUUAAAUGUUUUGGAGUACUUUUUGUAAGUUAAUGUAAUUAAGUACUUUGUGUUUUAAUACUAUAUGUGUCUUGUAGUCUCUUUCCAGA